AUGUCGUCCUCUGGCGAACCCAAUCAGGAAGAUGGUCACAAGCAGUAUGGAGGCCCUUAUACCUCUUCACAUCCAGUUCCCACCGUGCAAAAGUACAAGGAGGAACGUGGUGAGCGCGAAAACAAUGUCAAGAAGCGGGAGGAUGCCCAAGCUGAGGAUGGAGAGGAAAUAGAGGAGGGGACUUUGCAUCGAGCAGAGAACGCGGUGAAGAGGAUAUUUGGCCAUGGCCAUGUAGAGAAGGUUCCUGGCGAGCCCUAUCCAUCCGAAAACCGGCACACAACGGCAGAUUCGGAUGAGACACCGCCUGUUCCUGACAAGGAAGCUCAAGAUCAAUCUGAGCCACCUCAGGCUCCAUCGAAGGAUGACGCGGAAAUAUCCCAUCAAGGAGAAAGGGAUCAGAAAGAUGAUGGUCAAUCUCAAACCGCUUCGCAGGCUGCCGCAAGCCAAUCUGAUCCCCGCCAGAAGAGGAAAGCCAUGAAGCACAUGAAAAGGGAUGAUGGAGGUCGAGAAGUAACAGAUCCUGUAACUCACUUACCAAUCGUUAUUCAUGAUUCAACCGGCAAAGAUCUGAAGAAAGCACCAGAAAACGAGCCCUCUGCUGGGUCGGACCAUCGCACCCAGACUGGUCUCACCAAUGCCUCGAAAUCAGAUAAUCAACUGGACGAAGAGACACGUGAAUUGCAGGAAGGUCACAAAGGGAUGAAGAGACUCUUCCCUCCUCCAAACUUUGAUGAGACACAAGCUGAGUUGAUGAAAACGUACCAAUUUGCCAUUUCUGUUAGUAUUGGUUCGGUGGUGGUUUGUGCGACUUUGGUACUACUUGCUGGACAAUUGGUGUGGAUUAAAGGAUUUAAACGCCAAGAAGAUGGUUUUAAUCAGUGGAUACGAAUGUUCAUACCAGUUUCCAUUACAUUUGUUCUGGCUGCGCUGUUUGGCGGCUUUCUCAUCUGGGGCAUCGGAAAUUGGGUCAGCAGAAGAGUGGAAGAGAUCUGGGAGGAUGAAGUAUGGGAUGCUUCUCGCGCGAGCGAGACCCAAGAAAUUGAGGACCAUGACAAGAUGCCAGAAUCAACACAGUGGCUGAAUGCCUUGUUGACAUCAGUAUGGCCGUUAAUUAACCCAGAUCUCUUUACUAGUCUUUCCGAUACACUGGAGGAUGUCAUGCAAGCGUCAUUGCCCAAACUUGUGAGGAUGAUCAGUGUCGAGGAUUUGGGCCAAGGGAGUGAGGCACUGCGAGUUCUAGGUAUACGGUGGCUUCCAACUGGUGCUGCGUCGCGCUCCGUUGACGCCGAGGGCAAUCUGAAGAGCAAGAGUGAUAGCAACGACAGAACCUCACCAGGAGAAGGAGAGAUCCAGCAGGACGUUGAAGGGUCUCCUGCUCAGGAUGGUGAGGGUAAGAGCAAAGAUGCGGAACAAGAAGAUGAGAAUAUUGCUUCUGGUAUGGAAGCUGAGCAAGGAGACUUUGUGAACAUGGAGAUCGCUUUUGCAUACAGAGCUCGAUCUAGUGGGAAAUCGCUCCGAACCAAGUCCAAGAAUGCCCACCUGUAUCUCAAAUUCUAUCUGCCAGGAAGCAUAGCAUUGCCUGUGUGGGUGGAGAUGCGAGGCAUCAUCGGGACAAUGCGUGUCCGGUUGCAGCUCACACCAGACCCUCCGUUCUUUUCUCUUGCUACCAUCACAUUUUUGGGGCAACCAAAAGCUGACUUGUCUUGUGUUCCUCUGAACAAGCAUAGCUUGAACAUCAUGGAUCUGCCAUUGAUCUCGUCUUUCGUACAGUCAUCAAUUGACGCUGCCCUUGCGGAAUACGUGGCACCAAAAAGCUUGACACUUGACCUGAAAGAUAUGCUGGUAGGUGAUGACUUCAAAAAAGACACUUCUGCUCACGGAGUGGUCGUUGUGCGUAUCAUAUCAGCCACUGGUUUCAAAGAAGGAGACGGGAACCUGGGUCCAUUCAAGAAGGGAUCUUCUGACGCCUACGUGACAACUGGUUGGGGAAAGUUUGGCAAGCCUAUUGCGUCAACUCGGAUCAUUAUGGGCGAACAAACACCAACUUGGGACGAAUAUGCGUAUGUUUUGGUUGGUACAGAGGAGCUCAAUGCGCAAGAAAUGCUUCGUGUGCAGUUAUGGGAUUCUGAUCGCAUGUCAGCAGAUGAUGACCUGGGCCGGGUAGAAGUUGAUCUGAAAGACUUGAUGCAGAGUUCGGAUACCAAAGGAAAGAUGUGUGAUCGUGAAGAUCGCUUUAAAGGGCCUGAUGGUGACGAAGAGAUGCCUGGUACACUUUCCUGGAGCAUCGGCUAUUUUUCAAAAGCACACAUCACGGCAGAACAGCUUGCAGCGCAGAGCAAAGAACCUGACAUCAAUAGCAUAGAAGACUUGAAAAAGAAGGUUAGCCAGAUGGCGGAGCAUAAGCUGAGAGAGGCCACCGCAAAAGACGAGUCAAGAGAGAUUUCGCAGCAGAAGGCUCAAGAUUUCAAAGAACGAGAAGACACCUUGAUUAUAUCAUCUCCCCCAGCUAGAGAGUAUCCCAGCGGUAUUCUAUCCAUACAGAUCCACCAGAUCACAGGACUUGAACUCGAGCAGCUGAACAAGAACCGUUCGGACACAAAGACCGUCUCGGAUUCCGGCGCAGAGGAGGAAGAUUCUGAUGAUCUGCCUACGUCCUACUGCAACAUCAUCCUCAACCAUCAAAAGAUCUUUAAGACUCGGACGAAGCCGAAGAAUUCCAAACCCUUUUUCAAUGCCGGUUGUGAACGCUUUAUUCGAGACUGGCGUUCUACCGAAGUCAUGAUCAGCGUUCGUGACUCUCGUGUUCACGAGAAUGACCCUCUGCUCGGCAUGGUCUAUCUUCCUCUGUGCCACCUCUUCGAGAAAAGAUCGCAGAUUGUCGACACUUAUCCACUCGUCGGCGGCAUUGGCUAUGGCCGAGUUCGUAUCAGCAUGGUGUUCCGCUCCAUCGAGCUACAAGCACCCUGUGAACUCCUCGGCUGGGAUUACGGGACGCUCGAAAUCAGCCGCGUGGAAGCCGGCAGAAGCCUCUCAGAAGACCUCAGAAAUCUUAAGACCAAAUUCCGGAGCUCCGUCGCGAGCAGCAAAAUGGCACCAGACAGUGAAAGUAAGGGUAGCUGGAUACCCAAGCACCACAAAGACUCGAUUUUUAUCGCCGUCAAGAAACGUUAUAGCACGCCCCUGAUUGUGGAGUUCUACAGGUCCGCCAUCCUCGGUGACAGCAUGCCCGCCUUUGCCGUCUUGUGGCUCAAGGACAUCCCUGACGAGGAAGAAAAGACCAUAACCAUGCAAGUAUGGAAAGGCAGCAAAGACGGAAUCAAACGCGCGCGGUCCUGCGUAGGCUACAACGGCAUAGACGAGAACGAGCGACCCCUAGGCGAGCUGAAAGUGACAAUGAAAUUCUGGCGCGGUCUGAGCGGCUACCACAAGGGUCUAGCCAGACGAGGCCAGGAGUCAGAUCUGAAAGACGUGAUGGAAGUCCUUGACACCGCGAACGAUAACAAAGAAGGAAAAGGCGAUGAGGACGAUCUCCCCGACGGCGACGCAAAUGCGUCAGACACAUCGUCCUCAUCUUCCGAAUCCGAAGCCGACUCGGAUCCCGAAAAUGGUGUCAAGAAAGCUACCUCGACGGUCAAACACAAAGCCAUGGACAUUCUGGGCGGGCACAAUGACCCCGAGGACGGCAGAAGGGGGCCCAGUGCUCAGUUGCAGGAUUACAAACAGCAUUCGAAAAGCCUGCAUCGCAGGCAUAGGGGCUUGAUGCAGUGGAAGGGAGUCCGGACCGUGGAUUGGAUGAUGGGGAAGGCGAGUCGGGGGAAAGAGGGCGUCAAGGGGGUGUUUCGACACGGGCAUGGGAAGGGAGAGGCGGGCGUGGAGACGGAGGUGUGA